UAAAAUUAUUUUCAGUUAAUAAUAAUUAUAAAAAACAGACAAAUCUUACAGAAAAGCGAUUCAACAGACAAAAUAAAAAGACCACAGAUUUGAAAGAAAACCAUCGAAGUUAUGGAACACUAUCAGAAAGCCUCCGAUAAAGUCAAAGAAUAUGUGAAGAGUCACCAUUUGGAAGAGCACUUUGUAGUCAAUGCUAUUGUAUGCGAUUAUCAGUUUUUUGUUAUCUGUUUCUUUCGUUGGCUUUUCUAUGGCUACAAACAGUAUAACUUUGUCUUCAAAUUGGUUGUAAUGCUUGUCUUGUGGUCACUGCUUGUAGCACUCGAGUGUCUACGCUAUUCGGAACCGUUGCUCAAAACCCUCGGCCAUUGGAAAUCGGUUCAGACUGUUGCCCAACAGAUUUUCGGAUCCACUUCUGGCGGUUUCUCUGGUGGUUCUUCCGGUGGUUCUUCCGGUGGUACUUCAGGUAGUUCAUUGGGUGGUUCAUCGAGUGGUUCAUCGAGUGGUUCAUCGAGUGGUUCAUCGAGUGGUUCAUCGAGUGGUUCAUCGAGUGGUGGUUCAUCGGGUGGUUUUCCCGGCAGUAGUACGCCAAGAAGUUCAUCACCCAAGACAAACACAAAAGCCUCUCCACCACCGCCACCACCUCCUCCGCCACCUCCACCGCCGCCUCCACCACCAAAGCCUCGCCUACCGCCGCCUCCACCACCAAAACCUCGCCAACCAAUGCAACCAAAACCAAAGUCAAAAUCGUAAAAAAUAUGCCAGAAUUAUAAUCUGAAGAUGUUUUUUAUGUUGUUGUUGUAAAUCAGAUAUAAAACAAAAUAAAAAACUCAUUUAUUUAUU